AUGGGUUCAGGUGUUUCUACGGCUCGUUUGCCAGCCAUGAGUGAUUUUCAUCAUCCUUCAUCCCAUCCAACCUUCCCACAACACAUCAUGGAAGCAUCUGCAAACAAUUCUUCUCACAAUGGAGUGAUCGACCUUUCCCUGCACAGGCCAACAACCUCUCAGACACAACGUGGUGGCAAUGUUCAGCACCAUCAUCUCCAUCUCCAUCAUCAUUACAAUCAUGAAAAUUGUUUUUCCAAACUCUCUCCAUCUUCCAACAUUCCACAUCUUGCACCUCUACAUGCAACAACCAAGAAAAAUCAUUCCCAUUCGAAGAGGAUCCACUCUCCUCCUGUUUCUCGAGUCGAUGUUUCAACCAAGACGAAACACACCUGUAACGAUCACCUAUCCCCCACUCAAGAGGUCCAUAGGUCGAAAAGUUUUUCUUCUUCUCCCAUUUGUAAAUUUCAAUUCACAAGAAAGAUCCAUUCCUUUCCUUCUUCUCCAACAACACAAAGGAACAAAUCUCCUUUGGAAACCACUCGACAAUUGGUCUCUCAAAUCGAAGAGGAUGAAGACAUGACUGUUGUGGAAGAUGACACGCCGUGGAUGCUUGCAUGUCGACUUGACUUUUUUUCACAUGAAAACAAGGAUUCCAUUGAUCUUUCAACAAAAUUCAAGUUAAAGUUGUAA